CUUGCAAGGAAAGUAGCCUAUACUCUCGUUUUAGUCAGUAUAUUGUUACCGUUCUCUCCUGCUGAAUGGGUUAUCUGAUUAGGAGUUACCUACAUUAUUUGCCACGUAACGUUAGUAGUAAUAUGUGAUCUUACAACAGGACGUCCAGUUAGCUGGGCAAGAGACUAUUUCCGUAGUACCAGUUCAGUAUGUUAUGGCCGUAAUGAAAUGAGUAGCCUACUGCUCACUCGCUUCAACAAAAAUAUUACCACUGUCAUGUCACGAGAGGUAAUAUUUUUGUUGAGGCGAGCAGUAGGCUACUCAUUUCACAAACACCAUAACCUACGAACUGCCACUACAGAAAUAGUAGGCUCUUGCCUAACUAACUGGACAUCGUCCUGUUGUAUAUAUUAUUACAUGUAACGAAGAUAAUAAUCUCAUAACCAGAUGACCUAAUCAGCAGUAGGCUAACUUCUAUCCUGCUGAUUAUAUCAUCUGAUUAUAAGAUUAUUACCCUCGUUCCAUGUAGUGAUAUGUGAACUUACAAUUACAUCCAUCUCCCCUUGCCAGGUGUACGUGUGGAAACUGUGACCGCAUGCCCCAGGAGAGAGAAAAUAUAUGUUGCCGGGAAGUACCCCAGGUCAUGAGAAGAAUGACCCAGGUUCCGGAGGAGAUAACCUGUAUGAUUGACCAUCCUGGCCUUGAACCGGUGUGCCUCAACAUAUAUUCUUUACAAAAUGCAAUGAACAUCUACAGAGCUGACCAUGGGCAGUUGAGAAUAAGAGGGAUGGAAAGGCAAUGCAGACACUUGGCCUACAGAUCUUUCGUGAGCUGGUGCUGGGGUUUCCUUGGGCGAAGUGUCCGUGUUGUGAUCCCCUCUUGUGUGGUGCUGCGCAUACGGAGGGAGUUUCCGGAAACAUCAGGGCAGUAUGUCGGGUUCAGACCCCCCCUCGACUGAACCGUGACACAUGCUCAGCGACAGCAUCCUCCCUGGAAGGUCUGGGAAGUUGAGCACACAAGUCUUGGGGCACAGGAAUCUGCUGGACGGCAUCCACAUAACGAAGGGAGUCAUGGACGAUCUCUUCGAACACCAGUCUUAUCAGGAACCUGAGAAAGGAACUGUUACCACAUCAGGGAUUCCUCAGAAUGUGAUGGGUGCCAUGGGAUGCUCAGGUCCAGUUGAUGAGUCCUCGGACAGUGAUGGAGAACAAGAAGGUCCUCAGAAACUCAUCAGGAAGGUGUCAACCUCAGGACAGAUUAGAAGCAAGACAAGUGUGAAAGAAGGCUUACUGUUGAAGCAGACAAGCUCUUUCCAACGCUGGAAAAAACGUUACUUCAAACUGCGAGGGAGGACACUGUAUUAUGCCAAGGAUGCCAAGUCUCUCAUUUUUGAUGAAGUGGAUCUCUCAGAUGCCAGUGUUGCUGAAUCAAGUACAAAGAAUGUUAACAACAGUUUCACGGUUAUCACACCGUUUCGAAGGCUCAUUCUGUGUGCUGAAAACCGAAAAGAAAUGGAGGACUGGAUCAGUUCUUUGAAAUCAGUCCAGUCCCGAGACCAUUAUGAGACGGCACAGUUUAAUGUGGAACAUUUCUCAGGGAUGCACAACUGGUAUGCCUGCUCUCAUGCCCGUCCCACCUUCUGCAAUGUCUGUAGGGAUAGUCUUUCUGGAGUCACAUCCCAUGGUCUCUCAUGUGAAGUAUGUAAAUUUAAAGCCCACAAGAGGUGUGCUGUGAGGGCCACUAAUAACUGUAAAUGGACAACCUUGGCUUCGAUUGGGAAAGAUAUCAUCGAGGAUGAGGAUGGGAUUGCAAUGCCACAUCAAUGGUUGGAGGGAAACUUACCUGUCAGUGCCAAGUGUGCAGUAUGUGACAAAACUUGUGGCAGUGUCCUUCGCCUGCAGGACUGGCGCUGCUUGUGGUGCAAAACCAUGGUACACACUGCCUGCAUGGAUCUUUACCCACGGAAAUGUCCACUUGGACAGUGCAAAGUGUCCAUCAUCCCACCCACAGCACUCAACAGUAUCGAUUCAGAUGGCUUCUGGAAAGCUACAUGUCCCCCAUCUUGUGCCAGUCCACUCCUGGUCUUUGUAAAUUCUAAAAGUGGUGACAAUCAAGGGGUGAAGUUCCUGCGACGUUUCAAACAGCUGUUGAAUCCAGCUCAAGUGUUUGAUCUGGUGAAUGGAGGACCCCAUUUAGGACUUCGCUUGUUCCAGAAGUUUGAUAACUUUCGAAUUCUUGUUUGUGGUGGAGAUGGCAGUGUGGGUUGGGUACUAUCAGAAAUUGACAAACUCAGUCUUCAUAAACAGUGCCAGCUUGGUGUGUUGCCACUGGGCACUGGAAAUGACUUGGCACGCGUACUUGGCUGGGGACCAUCAUGUGAUGAUGACACACAGCUGCCUCAGAUCCUAGAAAAGCUGGAGCGGGCCAGUACCAAGAUGCUGGACAGGUGGAGUAUCAUGACAUAUGAGAUUAAAAUACCUCCUAAGAGCACACCUUCUGUUGAUGACGAAGAGGACAGCCAGAUUUCUGCUUAUGAAGAUUCAGUUGCUGCUCAUCUUACAAAGAUUUUGAACUCUGAUCAGCAUUCGGUGGUCAUAUCCUCGGCAAAGAUUCUUUGUGAGACAGUGAAGGACUUUGUUGCUAAAGUGGGAAAGUCUUAUGAGAAAGGCACUGAAAAUACAGAGGAGGCAGACACUAUGUCCCUUAAAUGUGCCAUUCUGAAUGAGAAGCUGGACUCCCUAUUACAGACACUGAAUACAGAGGCACAGGCCAUGUGCCUACCAGCAGUGACAACACCUCCCAUUGUGGAGGAGGAGGAUGAGGGGGAAGGACUUCAAGGGGAGGAGGAGCUUAGUGAUUCCUCCAUUACUGAGUUGAAGGAGAAGCUGGAGGAGAAUGUGACUGAGAAAAAUUCCUCUUCACCAUGCAAGCACUUCCCACGUGAGCAGCUCAUGCUAAGGGCCAACAGCCUGAAGAAAGCUGUGAGGCAGAUCAUUGAGCAGGCAGAAAAAGUGGUAGAUGAACAGAAUACACAUACAGAAGACCAAGAACUGCAUUCCCUGACAGUCCCUGAGUUGAAAAAGGAUGAUAAGGAUAGUGAGAAAGAUGAGGAUACCAAGGAACUGCAGUCUUCACCCUUGGCCACAUCCCCAUGCUCCCCCACAGAGAGACGUGUCAGCCGCAGUACCCAGUCUUGUGGUUCCUUCUCAAUUCCUCCCUUCACCACCAGCAAGGAGAACCUUCCUGUUCUCAACACUCGUAUCAUAUGUCCAGGCUUGCGGGCAGGCCUUGCUGCAUCUAUAGCUGGCAGCUCCAUCAUCAGUAAGAUGUUACUUGCAAACAUUGACCCUUUUGGAGCCACUCCCUUCAUUGACCCAGACUUGGAUUCCCUAGAGGGAUACAUGGAGAAAUGCGUCAUGAACAACUACUUCGGAAUUGGAUUGGAUGCCAAGAUAUCAUUGGAGUUUAAUAACAAACGUGAGGAGCACCCAGAAAAAUGCCGGAGCCGUACGAAGAACAUGAUGUGGUAUGGAGUACUGGGUACCAAGGAACUUUUACAGAGGACAUACAAAAAUCUGGAGCAGAAGGUGCAGUUGGAGUGUGAUGGACAGUACAUUCCACUUCCAAGCCUCCAGGGAAUUGCUGUAUUGAAUAUUCCAAGCUAUGCUGGUGGGACCAACUUCUGGGGUGGAACCAAAGAGGAUGAUAUAUUUUGUGCUCCAUCAUUUGAUGACAAAAUCUUGGAAGUGGUUGCUGUGUUUGGUAGUAUGCAGAUGGCAGUGUCAAGAGUCAUCAAACUCCAGCAUCAUCGCAUCGCACAGUGUCGAUCAGUGAAAAUCACAAUCCUGGGAGAUGAGGGAGUGCCCGUUCAAGUUGAUGGGGAAGCCUGGAUACAGCCACCUGGACUUAUCAAGAUUCAACACAAAAAUAGAGCUCAGAUGCUCACCAGAGACAGGGCAUUUGAAAACACUUUAAAGUCAUGGGAAGAUAAGCUGAAAUAUGACAAGCCCCCACUGCGGCCACACCUGUACCCUCAGCAGUCAGUAGACUUGGCCACUGAGGAAGAGGUCACCCUUAUUCAGAUAUGUGCUCGUGCUGCUGAAGAGCUCAUCACCAGGAUAUGUGAUGCAGCCAAGACCAAUGGUCUUUUGGAGCAAGAACUUGCCCAUGCUGUCAAUGCCUCCUCACAUGCCAUCAACAAAACCCACCCAAAGUUCCCUGAGAGUCUAACCCGGAACACAGCUAUCGAAGUGGCAACCAAUGUUAAGGCAUUGCACAAUGAGACAGAGUCACUGCUUGUGGGACGAGUGUCUUUGCAACUAGACUCUCCUCAUGAGGAACUGCUAUCAAGCGCCCUCCAGAUUGUAGAGGUUGAGCUGGGAAAAUUGGCUGAAAUCCAUUGGCUUUACCACAUCAUCCAGCCCAAUGAUCAAGAGGAUCACUCAAUGGUGUAUGACAAGAGGAACAGCCGUGGUAGCAUGUUCCGCAUAGUGCCAAAGUUCAAGAAGGAAAAAGCAACCAAGAAGUCCAGUCCACUGUCAGUUCAGAGGUGGGGUACGGAGGAAGUGGCCACCUGGCUGGAGCAGCUCAGCUUGGGAGAGUACAAAGACACCUUCAUCCGACAUGACAUCCGCGGCUCCGAGCUCCUUCAUCUCGAGAGGAGAGACCUGAAGGACCUGGGGAUAUCGAAAGUGGGUCAUAUGAAGAGAAUUCUUCAGGGAACUAAAGACCUGGCCAAGAACAUCUUAGUAGAUCUCUGAGACUGGACUGUCUGGUUGUGAAAGGUCCUUUCUUGACUGAACAGUUGCUCAGUUGCUUGGACAAGACCAAUUUAACAUACUGCAUCCAAGGCACAAUUAGGUAUGCCAUGCUAUAUACAUUCUGGUUUGUGAACAAUCAGAAAAAUCUGUCAGAUAGCCAGUUCCAUAAGGUGCUAACUGUGGAGUUUGUAUAGACUAUGGCCUUGUUAUUUUCAAUGUCUUCUUUCCCUGUGGUAGGUGGCUAUAAUGGCCAGUUGAGGUGAUCCGUUAGCAAUAUUAGAUUUUUGACAGCACUGUUUACAUUUCAACAAAGAGAUAGUUUACUGAAGCAUUACAGUUAGAAGAGAGAUUGUAAAGGGAAACUUCCGGAUUUUUCAACAUGGGCGCUAUAUUUAGACCUUUUGAGGUCCACAUUUUUAGUAGGGACAUAAAUGAUCAAGAACACCAUAAACUUUAAAAUGGUAUAAACAGCAACUUCAGUCGUGGUUGAAAAAUCUGAAACUUUCCCUUAAAAACUAGUCAAAAGUUGUUUCCUAAAAUAACACACUGAUGCAUCUAUGCUUGCUUGACUUGGAUAGCUAUUUGACUGCAUGAUAAGUGUCUUUUUAUGUAACACUUGAAUUCAUUUUACCAGAUUUAUUAUUAUGUCAUUUAUUACUACUGAAUCAUCCUUUUUCCUAUAUUUAUUUGUUUUGCAUGGAUAUGAAAGUCGUGACGUGCCAUAUUUAUGGGAAAAUGUGCGUUACUGGUGAAAUUUAGUAAUUUCCAAACACUUCACAGCUGUUUCUGUGAAACCAUCACUUACAUGAAUGUUUCCAAUUCAGCCAGUGUUCCUCAAUUGAUGCAUUUAUAAAGGAUUGUGCCUGGAAAUAGGACAAUGAGAAAUGUCAAGAAAUGUUACUAAACUUACUUUUUGUUGUGUAGAACCUGAAUACAUUUGUGCCAAGUUUUAAUCAACCUUUAUUGUCAUGACAAGGUCAAGGAAUCUCUAAAUCUCAAAUGUUUCUAAGUUAAUAUUGAACAUUGAUAUACAGCUAUAUUUGAAUAUUUUACAAGGAAUACAUAUUUAUAGAUAUUGAAUCUGCAGCUAUACAGUAUAAGAUACUGCAUUGACCUGCAGUGCUAAGUAAAGCUUUUGGUGGAUUAAUGCUUUUCUAAGCUUUAUUCAGGGUUAAGUUGUAAUAGUAAUUAGGGGUGUGCACAGAUAGUCGAAUAUUCGGUUAACUGUUUGAGAUAUACUACACAAGCAUUAAUAUCCCUAUUUGAUUGUUCUAAAACACAGUCAUGGAAGUUGUGCUACCACUGCAGUACAGUAUGGCAUUGCAUAGCAGUUUUGCUACAGCAUCACUGUUGAUGAACAUUUCGCGUAUUUGUUGUUCUGUUUAUGUAAUGUGAGAGUGUAGCUUACACAAUGCAGAGAAAUAAAAGGGAGACCAACAAAUUUACACUCUGUCAAGGACUGUCUUUGCAUCGUGAUUCUAGAGACUCAUUGCUAAGCACACCGUAUUGGAAAGACCAGAAGCUACCCACCUUAUGCUCUUGAUAAUCCAUCCUCCAAAUAGCAGUGUUCCCAAUGUAAAUAGCCUAAAUAAAUAAUGACCGAAUAACACUGCAGGUGGCCCGAUUAUUAUUUUUUUAUUUUUUGUAUGCACACCCCUAAUAAUAGUAGGAAACCGAUUUCAGAUUUUGUUAAGUCGUGGUAUAACAGGGUAUAUUUGUAUUUGCUGUUAUUAAGUUUGUACACAGUGUAAAUAUGCAUACCAGUGUAUGUAUACACUCCUAUUGCCUAUUAAUGUAAAAAUGCCUUGUAGUUUGCUAAGACAAGAUUAUCAGUUGAUGUUGAUUGAGUAAAGUGCACUGUACUGAAAUGUCAUUUAUUGAUUGUUUUAAAAAUUAUGUUGUAUUAUGAUGAAGGUGCAAUAUUGUCAUUUUUCGAUACCGUUUUAUUCCUUUUUAAGGUAUGUAGUUUUUUUUUUAUUUGUGUGCAACAAGAAAAUCUGUAAUUAUUGUACUCCCCUUUUUGGACUGUGGAGUAAGUGAGAUAAUUUGCCUGACCAGUCAUGAAAGUGUAUCUGCUGAUUCAUAACUCUUCCAAUUGUAAUUUAUUAGUCUUUUCUAUUUGUGCUUCCAGCAUGUGCUAUGAAGUUUGAAGUCUUGUGAAGUCUAUAAUUGGCAAAACUGCCUUUGGUGCCUCUUUCAGAUGUAUGAAGAAUAGGUAGCUGCUUACAGUGAAUCUGUAUUAUACAUAACUGUGCUGAAGUCUGAUGUUAAUUUGAUAUUAUUUGACACAAUCAUAUUUCAGUCCAAGGAUGAGCUAAUGAAAUGUCAUCCCCUUAAAAAUAUGACAUUAAUGAAAACAAUUCUACAUGUAGAGUGGGAUAAUAGAGUGGGAGCGUUAUUGCUAGGUGCGAGCACCUUAAUAUGGUUAAAGUAAAUUCCUUGGAAAGUAUGUCAUAGCUUUUGAUGCUUAGAUAUUAUCUGUCCUAACAGACAUAUCAGAUAUUUUUCAUCGCUACAUUAAAAGCAGAGGAGCCAAUAUACUGGUUAUUUAACUCCACGUUGAAUCUGCUUUUACAUUUACUGCAAUACUGAAUUCAUUCUUAAAUAUGUUAAAGGGGAAAAUAAUUUUGAAAUGAUUUUAAAUAUAAUCUUUAAGGAUUAUAUUAUCCUUAAAGAGAGACAUGUUCAGCUUGAAUUCAUAACCAAAGACAGGGGAAAUGGCACAAUUCUUGAAUCAGUCAACAUUAUUAGUGUACUGUAUAAAAGAAGUGUAAAUGUUGGUAUAACUGUGUGGCCUUAAAUUGCAAUGGAUAUGUAUGCAUAAAACAGGUCAACAGGUCAAGGGUAUAGACGCCACAUUAUCUUCUCCAGAAUAUUGAAAAGCUAGAAUAUCCUAAAAAGUGCUGCAUAUCUGAGAUUAAGAGCAGUCAUCUAUACAUAUUUAUGCAGCAGCCAGUGACUGUUGCAGUGUCAGUCUGUGGGAUGGCAAUCAAUCAAUUCAAUCAACAUUCUGAAGUUACAGUCUUCCUCUCAUGUUGCAAUGUGUUUGUCUUGCACAAAGACACUGGCUGUUUACGUGUAAGCAAGUUCUCAUGGAUUCUGAUGGACUAUUCCCUGACCGUAGCCCUAGCAAGAAAGGGCUUGGACUUAUUAUAAAACGUACAUAUAGCUGUAAACUGCCUUUUAAGGGAAAAAAGUUCAUGUGUGGAAGUUUUCAGAGGCGAGCUUGCCUAUCUCUGUCUUAUACAUUUAGUGAGAAGUGAGUUAUUUUAUUUCUUUACAUUGUGUUUACAAUGCACCAUUUAAUUUUCAAGGCUGUAUACAGAGUCAUUUAUGAUACAAUAUUUAUUGACUAAGGUUUAGCAACUGAUGUUUAUGUUUUCACUGUUUGAAUACUGUAUAAUGUUAUAGUUGUCACUUGCAUUGAUAUUUGCAUAAUUUUGGUAAAGUAGGUUAUCAUCUUCAUUACUACUGAGUGACCUUUUCUUGUGCCUUUUUUACUGUAGAAUGCAUGGUUAAAUAUUUAUUAUGAUAUGGAAGUCACUGAGAUGUGUAUUUUUGUAUACUGAUUAAUUUUGUUGAAUAUUUUAGAUGCCUUAACAAGGCCACCUCUCAAUAUCUUCCUUCUAUAAUAAACCUGAAUGCAUAUAAA